UGUGUUAGGAGUGAACUGUAGCCGUUAUAUUAAUGUAGAUUGGUGGAAAAGAUAACCCAAAAUGUCUUACAUGAUGUCAAUGUGCGACGUGAUGCCCACAAUCUCUGAGGACAAUGUGAGUCAGCGCAACUCAUCGUUUGGUGGAGAAGACCCAAACUUUGAGGAAUUGAUGGUCUCCAUGCUAGGGGAGCGCCAGAAGCUAAUGGAAACAAAUCGUGAUAUUCAAGAACGACUCCAUGAAACAGAAACACGAUUACAUGAAGUGGAAGAGGAGAGAAACAAUUUACAAAAACAGAUAGAUGCCAACCUUCCUCAGGAAUUCACGUCGUUGACGAAGGACCUGAACCAGGCGCGGCAAGAGGCGUCGGCGCUCACCAAAGAACUGAACCAGGCCAGGGACCAAAUACUGGAGAAGGAAGAGGAGAUUGCCGAACUGAAAGCGGAGAGAAACAACACCAGGCUGUUGCUGGAACACCUGGAAUGUCUGGUGGCGCGGCAUGAGAAGUCGCUCAAGAUGACCGUGGUGAAGCGCCAGGCGGCCGCCCAGCAGGGCGUCUCCUCCGAGGCCGAGGUGCUCAAGGCGCUCAAGAGCCUGUUCGAGCACCACAAGGCGCUGGACGAGCGCGUCCGGGACCGGCUGCGAGUCGCGCUCGAGAAGAACAACGCGCUGGAGGAGGAGCUCAAUAACACCAAGGACGAGCUGAACUGGGUGAAGCUGGGCAAGCUGGAGGCCAAGCCGGCGCCGGCGGCUCCGGACGCCGGCGGCGACGCGGUGGCCGAGGAGGCGGCCGCCGAGCUGCGCAAGAUCAUCGAGAUCCAGACCACCGAGAUCACCGCCUCCCAGCGGCGCGUCUUGGAACUACAGACGCGCGUCGCCGAGCUAGAGGACGCACUGGCGCGCUGCCAGAAGGACCUGGCUAAGGAGCGCGACGUCACCAGCAAGCUGCAGCGGGACCUGAAGGAGAACAACGCUCAGAAGCUGGACCAGGAGGAGCGAAUCGCCACGCUGGAGCAGCGGUACCUGAACGCUCAGCGUGAGUCGACGGCGCUACGCGACAACGGCGAGAAGCUCGAGGAGGAGCUCAAGAACAAGGAGGCGCAGCUCAAGCUGCAGAACGAGAAGAUCCUGGCUAUCCAGGAGAAGCUGGAGCUGACGGAGCAGAAGCUGGCGCAGUACUCGAAGCUGCCGGACGUGGAGGAGGAGCUGCGCCGGAGGAUGGCAGCCCUGACGCAGGCGCAGGAGCGUCACGGCUCGGCCGAGGACCGGAUCGGCCGGCUCGAGUCCCAGCUGGAGGAGAAGGGCAGCGAGGUGAUCCGCAUGGCGCAGCGGCUCAAGAUGAACGAGGAGCACAACGCCCGCCUCUCGGCCACCGUCGACAAACUGCUCUCCGAGUCUAACGAGCGGCUCCAGCUGCACCUGAAGGAGCGCAUGACGGCGCUCGAGGAGAAGAACUCGCUGACCCAGGAGCUGGACCACACCCGCAAGGUGCUGGAGGACAUGCAGCUGGAGAAGGGCGGACUCCUGCAGGAGAUGUCCAAGCUGCACCUGGACAUGGAGGCGAUGAAGCAGCAGAUGCUCACCCAGGAGAUCGCCUACAACAUCCAGCAGACGGAAGCGCUGACCAGGAAUCUGUCGCCGAGCGGCGGCGGCGCGGCCGGCGAGCCGGCCGGCUUUGUGCGCUCGUCGAGCCGCGGCAGCUUCGACGCGCGCUCGCUGCCGCGCCGGCCGGGCUCGCGGCUGGCGGCCGCGGCGGCCGGCGCCGCCGACAAGCUCGACGGCGAGUGGGAGGGCGCUGCCGCCGCCGCCGCCGCCGGCUACGACGAGGACGAGGUGGAGGACGCCGAGAGCAUCUUCUCGACGCUGUCGCCCACCGGCCACACAGAUGCGCAGACGCUGGCCAUCAUGCUGCAGGACCAGCUGGACGCCAUCAACAACGAGAUCAGGAUGAUCCAGGAGGAGAAGCAGAACACGGAGCUGCGUGCCGAGGAGCUGGAGUCGCGCGUCGGCAGCGUGGAUCACUUGAACCUGCUGUCGCGCUCGGGCCGCCUCUCGCCGCCGCUUUCGGGCCGGUCCACGCCCAAGUCGGCGCUGUCGCCGCAGCGCGCCGAGGCGCUCAUGAAGUACCACACGGCCCCUGCCGGGAUGUCCCCCGCCAUGCUGUACGGGCCGCACGGGCUGGAAGGACAGCGGUCGACUCCGGUGAGUGCCCCCUCCCCCUCCCUUCCCCUGCACGCCUGGCAUGCCGGCGGGCGGCCCGGCCUCACGCCGCCGCCAUGUUGUAGCGCCAAGACGGUGGCCGACGGCAGUCCGCCAGCCAUGCGCUGUCAACGCUUCCAGGCGUACAACCCGGACGACAACCUGAGCCGCUCGCUGCCGCACAACGCCACUAUGCGGGACCCCUCGACGAUCCCGGGCCGCGGCCUGAGCGCCCUCCACCCGGAGCACGCGCAGUUCAUCAGGCAAUCAUUCGGCGACAGCUCGCACUCGACGCCGUCGUCUGUGUCGUCGACCAACAGCAGCCAGGACUCGCUGCACAAGCACGCGGCCGUCAAGAAGCGCGGCUUCAAGUCUUCGCUCGGCCGCUUCUUCAGCAAAAAGGAGAAGCGGGCGUUUGACCUGCACCAGAGUCAGGCGGCGGCGGCGGCGGCCGCUGCCAUGGGCCGGCCAGUGGACCUCUACUCGCCCGACACCACCGACGGCGGUCUCGACUCGCCCGGCGUCACCGUCUCCACGCCCAAAGCCGACUUCGACAGACGCACCAAGAAAAAGCACGAGCUGCUGGCCGAGGCGAUGAAGGCCGGCACGCCGUUCGCGCUGUGGAACGGCCCGACGGUGGUGGCCUGGCUGGAGCUGUGGGUCGGCAUGCCGGCCUGGUACGUGGCCGCCUGCCGCGCCAACGUCAAGUCGGGCGCCAUCAUGUCGGCGCUGAGCGACACCGAGAUCCAGCGCGAGAUCGGCAUCAGCAACCCGCUGCACCGGCUCAAGCUGCGGCUGGCCAUCCGCGAGAUGGUCAACCUCACCUCGCCGUCGGCGCCCAACAGCUCGCGGCUCAUGCACAACUUCGCCGAGAUGAACCACGAGUGGAUCGGCAACGAGUGGUUGCCGUCGCUCGGCCUGCCGCAGUACCGCACCUCGUUCAUGGAGUGUCUAGUGGACGCGCGCAUGCUGGAGCACCUGCUGCACCUGAACAAGAAGGACCUGCGCGGCUACCUGAAGCUGGUCGACGCCUCGCACAGGAACAGCCUGCACUUCGGCAUCCAGUGCCUGAAGCGGGUCGACUAUGACCGCAACGAGUUGGAGCGGCGGCGACGCGCGUGCGAGACGGAGCUGGCCGAUGUCUUCGUCUGGACGAACGAGCGCGUCAUCCAGUGGGUGACCAGCAUUGGCCUCAAGGAGUACACCUCCCAGCUGACCGAGUCGGGCGUACACGGCGCGCUCAUCGCGCUCGACGACAAUUUCGAUUACAACUCGCUCGCUCUGGCGCUGCAGCUGCCUACAGCCAACCAGCAGGCGCACCAGGUGCUGCGGCAGGAGUUCAAUCGCCUGCUGGUGUCGGGCACCCAUCGGCAGGUGGACGAGUCCAAGUCGUGAACAGACCGCCCCCUAGCGGACGAGUCCACGCUGGGCGCCGGCCGCUAGUGACGGUCGGCCCCACUGGGGGGCGGGCGGUCCGAGGCGCAGUUACCAGGGGCCGGCGCCGCGGCCGCGGCCCGACUGGGCGGA